GUUUCGACAUUAUAGAUCAUCGCGGACUGCUUCUCAUAAAAUAAUAUUUCAUUUUUCAUGUCGUAGCGUAGGACAUAAAGGCCAUAAAGCGAACGAAAGAAGUUUUAAGAGUCAUUAUUUUAAUCAACAUGAUUGUCGCCUUACUGCUAACAUGCCUCUUUCUUGCGCUAUUAUAUCAUUACAUUAUACAUCUUGGAAGAAACGUACGACUUAUUGAUCGUAUACCAGGACCAAUGGCACUUCCUAUUUUAGGCAAUUUACAAGCUUGGAACGCCUCACCAGAGAAAAUGUGGUAUUAUUUACGGAGUUUUAUGAGCACAUAUCCAAUUUUAAAAUAUUGGAUUUUCGGUAUACCCAACAUUUGCAUUUGCACUCCAGAUCACAUGGAAAAAAUACUAAACAGCACGAAACAUAUCGUGAAAGGCUUCAAUUAUAAACUUUUGAAACCUUGGUUAGGCGAAGGACUUCUUACUAGCAAAGGAAUGAAGUGGCAAAAAAGGCGGAAGAUAUUAACGCCCGCAUUUCACUUUUCUAUAUUAAAACAAUUCGUUGAGAUCUUGAUCGAGGAGGGCAAUCGUGCGGCUGAAUCAUUGAAGAAUACAGAGGAAUCAGUUAUCGACGACUUGCUACAUUUUACCAGUCAUCAUACAUUAAACGCUAUAAGUGAAACUUCCAUGGGCAUUUCUUUGCAAGAUGCACUUUUCAGACCAUGGCUUUAUAAUGAAACACUAUUCAAUUUAACGUCAAUGGGUAGGGCACAUAAUAAAUAUCUCAACAUCUUGCACUCAUUCACCAGGAAAAUUAUCGCAGAAAGAAAGCUUUAUCACGAACAAACUGAAUGGCGAUAUUUGAAACACUUUGAAAACGACACAGGAAUGGAUGACGAGGAAGUAAUAGGGAUUAAAAAGAAACGAAUGGCCAUGUUGGAUAUUUUAAUAGCGGAAUCUCGCAACCAUGGCCUAAGUGAUUCAGAUAUCAGAGAAGAAGUCGAUACCUUUGUGUUCGAGGUAAAAAAAGUUCGCGGUUCUUCAAAUUGCUCAAAUAUAUAACAGCGUUUCUCUUUG